AUCCUUUAUGAACCAAAAUAUCCGACUUUAAUACAGAUAGAUAGCACUACCAGUUGCAACUUACAACCCAGAUUCUAACUCAAACUCAUCUCUUCCUCGGUACACUGCUGGUUGCGGUCACUUAGCCUUCAUUCACUAAUCAUGGCCCCUCUCGAGACAGACUUCCCUCCGAUUCGCGCCUGCAUUUUCGACAUGGACGGCCUUCUCAUCAACACCGAAGACAUAAUCACCCAGUCUAUGAAUAAACUUCUUGAAAAGUAUGCGAGACCGCCGUUGACACAGUCGAUUCGAGCCCAGCUCAUGGGUGUGACGGAUUCCACAAACGGCGAUGUGUUCCACAACUGGGCCAAGUUGCCAAUUUCCCGCGAGCAAUUUGCCCGUGAAUCGGCUGAGCAGAUGAGACUGCAUUUUCCGGAUUGUAGGCCCCUGCCUGGCGCGGAGGAGAUUCUGGCGAAUCUCAGUCGUGCGCGUAAUGAGUCUGGGGAAAAGAUUGAGCUAGCAUUGGCAUCCAGUACCAAGAGCCGCAGCUACGAAUUGAAAACUUCGAGUCCGGAAACUAAACGACUGAUCGACUUCUUCCAGCCCGACAGGAUAGUCCUAGGUGACGACCCGCGGGUUCCACAGGGUCGAGGAAAGCCAGCGCCUGACAUAUAUUUGGUCGCGUUGCAGUCAUUGAACUCGAUGCAGGACUCUGGCAAAAAGCCGAUCUUGCCCAAUGAAUGUUUGGUCUUCGAAGAUAGCGUAGCCGGGGUAGAAGCUGGAAGACGGGCUGGAAUGAGGGUUAUUUGGGUACCCCAUCCAGAUUUAAUGGUCGAGUAUCAGGCGAGGAAGAAGGAUGUUCUGGCCGGGAGAACGGGAAUGAUCGAGGUUGGAGACAACUGGCAGCUAGGAGAGAUUGAUGACGGCUGGGCCGAGAGUAUACCAAAUUUGGAACACUUCGACUAUAAGAAGUAUGGCGUUAGAAUACUGUCCUAGGUCAUUUUAUGAAAUUACCCCAUUUCCAUUUGGUCUAUCCAUGGAAAGAUGGAAUUCAUUCCCACGGCAGAGGGCGGUUGGUGAUUAAGGCCUGUGUUUAAAAAUAACAUAUGAAGCGUAUUAUACAGUACAAGGCUUCCUAGGCGAGCCCACGGUGAGGCAGAUGAUUCUUGGUAUAAUUAUUGGGAUUGAUUGAUUUAGUAAGUAUCUAU